ACACAAGUCUAACAACUGGCAUUCAAAAGAAUCCAGUCAAAGGGAUCUGUCUACAAAGAGAGAUAAAAUUUCAUCAUGCGAGUGCUCCGGCUUUUCUUGGUUUUCUUGUGUCUGUUUUGUUUUGGUGGAUCAGAGAAUGUAGCAUCUCAUGCUGAAGAAAACCAGUUUCAGCAGGUUGAGCCUGCCCAGCCAGCUGAGCAAGACGUAUACCUCAUAGAAGAAUGUUUAAGCAACCAAUACACACACAAGUCCUGUGAGAAAGUUUUUUGUCACCCAUGGGAACGAUGUGUGGAUGGAAAAUGCCUUUGUAAGCUUCCUUACCAGUGCCCAAAGAAUGGCUCUUUGGUUUGUUCUACCAAUGGAAGGCACUUCCAUACUUACUGUCACCUAAAGAGCUAUGAGUGUCAGCAUCCUGAAGCAAAGUUUCUGCACAAGGGAAAAUGCAUGUCUGAAGAAACAUUUUCAGUCUCUGUGGGACAUGGAGAUUCAAAUUUUCUUCAAGUAAAACUUCAGGAUCAAAAGAAUGAAUUGUUUGUAUGUGAUAGUGAGUGGACUAUGAAUGAAGCAAACGUGGCUUGCAAGCACCUUGGCUUUAAAUUAGGUGCUGAAUAUUACCAAGCCAAUUCCAGUGUCACAGAUUCUGCCUUAAAUUCAUUGCACUGUUUGCGGAUAACUUGCAGAGGCCUAGAGACAAGUCUUGCUGAAUGUCACAUAGAGAUAAAAUCAAGAGAUAGUAACGAGGGAUUUGUUAGCCUCCAGUGUCAUGAAAAUCUCAGAGCUUGUUCAGAUGGUGAGUUUCACUGUGUCAACAAGAAGUGCAUUUCUCUGAACAAAACCUGCGAUGGAAUCAAUGACUGUGGAGACCUAAGUGAUGAAGUGUGCUGUAGAGAGUGCAGAGGCAACAGUUUCCACUGUCGGUCAAAUAUCUGUAUUCCAAAUAAGAAUGUCUGCAACAAAGAAAUUGACUGCCUGACAGGAGAGGAUGAAGCUCGAGUCCACUGUGCAGGCAAAUACAAAGGUGCUGAAAAUCACAGUAUGGAUGAAGAAAGAAAAAGGAUAAAGGCACUUCUUCCUCAAGUAUACUGUGGUCGUGCAAAUCACACAGUAACUCGACGGAAAAGAAUUAUAGGUGGAGAUGUUGCAACAAAGGGUGAAUUCCCUUGGCAAGUGGCAAUUACAGACCUUGCAAAUGAAGAUACAACAGUGUACUGUGGAGGGGUUUAUAUUGGUGGCUGUUGGGUUCUGACUGCUGCACACUGUCUCAGGGCAAAUCGAGCUUAUCUGUACCAUGUCUGGAUUGGACUGUGGCAUAUAGUAAAGUACGACAGACAGACAGAUAUUUUCAGAGUAAACCGACUGAUAAUCCAUGAAAAUUAUAAUGCAUCAACUUACGAAAAUGACAUUGCUCUGCUGGAGCUGAGAGGUUCUGGGAAUGGAGAAUGCUCCCUGAAAUACAGCACACCUGCCUGCAUCCCCUGGUCCCAGCAUAUGUUCAAGGCUGGUGACAGAUGCAAGGUUUCUGGAUGGGGACUAGAGAAAGGUUACAUCAAACAAUAUAUCCUCAAGUGGGGCAAUGUUAAUUUAUUUCCAAACUGUUCUGAAUUGUAUCCAGGACGAUUUUUUAAGCAAAUGGCAUGCGCAGGUACUUACGAUGGCUCCAUAGACAGCUGCAAAGGCGAUUCAGGAGGCCCUCUGGUCUGCUUUGAUGCAGACAAUGUGGCGUACGUGUGGGGCAUUGUGAGCUGGGGUGAGAACUGCGGGGAGGCCGGUCACCCUGGUGUCUACACCAAAGUCGCCAGCUAUUACGAUUGGAUUAGCUACCAUGUGUCCAGGAGCCUCAUUUCACGGUAUAACACCUGAAGUGUGGAAAAUCAAAUACUUCCUUCUCAUCACCCACGCAAAACCAAACAGAAGCCCUUUUCUACAAUCAGCAGCCAUGUAACUCAGCAACAAUCAGUACAAAUCUGGA